AUGGUGACGAACUCGAACCUGCGGAAGCACGUAAAGAGUCAACACCCCGGGAAUCUGGCUGACUUUGAGAACUCUUCGCGGAAACGGAAGCUGUCUGAAGCUGCUUCAACGUCCACGCCGAAACAACUUACCCUCAACUUUGCAAGCGGGCGGGUGCCUCAAAAGCAGCUGGAAACCCUGAUUGUGAAUUUUGUUGUAGAUUCCCUGCAACCUUUCUCUGUCGUCGAGGCUCCCAGUUUCGUUAAACUUGUGGAUACCUUGGCCCCUGAAAACACCGUACCAACACAGAGAAUGCUGAUGGCGAGAAUCGACGAGAGAUACGAAGAGAUGAAGACAAGCCUGCGGAAAGCUUUCGGCGAGGUUCCUUACGUCACUGUGACUGCCGACUGCUGGACGUCGUUCCGACGGUGCUAUCUGGCAGCGACAGUUUCUUGGCUUGAGCCGGUUUCCCUGAAGAGGAACUCUGCAGUACUGAUCUGCCAAAGAAUGAUGGGCAGGGUCACGCACGACAAGAUUGCAGACCUUCUUCUGGAGGUUUUCAAGGAGUACGCCCUUCAAGAAAAAGUCACCAAGGUCGUGACCGACAAUGGAUCCAAUUUCGUAAAAGCCUUCAGGGUGUUUAGUGAGCCUGUUCAGCCUGACGACCUAGAGCCCUCGGAGCAGGACGAUGAAGGCCUGGAGUUCGUGGAGAUGUGCUGCGCACACCCUAAAUAUGGUGGCUACGAUCGACGCCGGAGCAGCGGAGCGUCACGAAAUCUUCUCGAGACCUUUUCGCUCCAUUUUGCGGACAUGCCGCGCCUUGUGGAAUAA